AUGGUGGAUAACCUAUUGACCCAUGUUCAAAUCCUGACACCACUCAGCCCUUGUGGCCAUGGAGGUUCGCCUGCAGUGACUCCAGGGCAUGAGGCAAAGCUUUAUGUUUGCAGCGGGGGACAAAUCGGUGCGCGAAAGCUGGCCCGGAAACCCUCGUUAGGGAAGUUCCCUUUCCAAAAAAAAAUGCUGCACCGUGUACAUUGUGCACAUACACACACAUACAUAAAAACAAGAAAAUUUUUAAUGGCUUCACCAAAUUGGGUGUUGGUUGUAUUUCAGUUUUAUAUUCUUACACAUCUUUCUGGUGUCACCGUUAUCCAUGGAGACCAUGAGUGCCGAAACCGAGGAACCUAUACACAGAACAGUGCAUAUGAAAAGAACCUCAAUCAUACCUUAUCUACUCUUCCUCAUGUACUUAAGGGAGAUGGUUUAUUUUACACAUCUUCAAAAUCUUCACCAGAAGAUGAUACCAACACAGCUUAUGCCCUUGGAGUAUGCCCCAGAGAAUUUCUAGAUGACGAUACCUGUAUUGAAUGUUUGAGGUUUGCAAAGGACCGGCUAAAAAAGGAGUGUCCGAGCCAAAAGAAAGCGACAGGUUGGUAUAAGCGUACCUGUAUUCUCAGCUACUCUAAUAGUAGCUUUGACAUCUAUAAUGGUGAAGAUAAAGACAUUCUAUUCUUUCCGACAACAAGUUAUGUCAACAACUGGAAAAUUGAUUCAAUGACUGAGAAACUGACGAACUUGUUCAAACAGUUGGGAAGGAAAGCAGCGUCUGAUGGUUACAGUGAAACAUAUUACUCUAAUGAUUUACGUACUUCUGGGGGCAAUUAUAUUUAUGGAACAAGUCGAUGCAUUCAGGCCAACAGAUCUCUGAGUUGCAAAGAUUGCUUGGUUCUGGCUACUGAUUCUCUAGAAACAAGGUAUAAUGGUGAUGCCGAAGGAUUACUUUACUAUGGAUACUCAUGUUUACUACGAUACACAAUAUCUGUUAUCUACAUUGGGGAUCCUUCAACCGGUUUGCCACCAACAAAUCCCCCAACCCCAUCGCCACCGACAAAUCAUUCAGCAAUACCUCCAGGGAAAGGAAAGUUAAAUCUCAUCCUUCCAGCAAUAUCAGCCGCAGCAGUAACAUUGGCAAUCUCGACCUUCUUUCUGUUCCUAAAGGUUUGCAGGAUCUGCUCUAAAAAAGGGGAAGAGGAAGAGCUGUUUGAAGCAUCAGACGAUGACACAGGGGAGAUUAUUUACUUUAGACUAAACACAAUGCAUGCAGCUACUAGCAAUUUCUCGGUUUCAAAUAAGCUUGGAGAAGGUGGUUUUGGUCCUGUUUAUUGGGGAGAGCUCUCUGAUGGUAAAAAGAUAGCAGUGAAAAGACUUUCCCAAAACUCAAGUCAAGGAAUGCAAGAGUUCAAGACAGAAGUAAAACUAAUCAUAAAACUUCAGCAUAAGAAUUUGGUGAGGCUUUUGGGUUGCUGUAUGAAAGGGAAGGAAAGGCUCCUUGUCUAUGAAUACAUGUCUAACAGUAGUCUCGAUAACUACCUUUUUGAUCCUAAAAAAGCAAAAGAACUGGACUGGGCUAAGCGUGUUAACAUAGUGAGUGGAAUAGCAAAGGCAAGAAUUUUUGGAUUGAAUCAAGUGGAAGCAAAUACUGAUAGAGUUGUUGGAACCUAUGGAUAUAUGGCACCAGAGUAUGCAAUGGAGGGUAUGUUCUCAAUCAAAUCCGACGUGUAUAGUUUUGGUGUUCUUUUGCUUGAAAUAAUUUCUGGUAAAAGGAACAGCAGGUUGUUCCACGAAGAGCGUCAUCAAAACCUUCUAAGCUAUGCAUGGAUGUUAUGGGAUGAAGGGAAAGGAGAGAAACUGAUAGAUGAAAAUCUGAAUGAUGAUUCUCCUGUUGACGAGGCACUUAAAUGGUUGCGCAUUGCUCUACUAUGCGUUGAAGAAGACCCAAACGAUCGUCCCACCAUGUCCUCAGUUGUUUCUAUGCUUGAAGCAUACUUGAAGACACUGAUGAUCGUGGUGCAUAGUGAAUACACAAUAAUGUUAAUGAAACAACAACAAUUAGGCAGUUAUUAUUAA